CGGGAAGAAGAGGGUAAGCGUGCAAGCCGGUGGCGGGGAGAACUUCGAGGGCAGACGUUCCAAAGCUACCCCAACGGAGAGACACGCCGAGACGCCCCUGCCAUCGGGAGCCCUUCGGUCUCAGCUCGGUUAGAAAUUCGGCUGAAAAGGUGGAGGGCCCGGGGACGCAAGAAGCUAAGGAGUCGGUGAACGGCUCGAGGGCCGAGGUCGGACCGGACGUCGCCUCCAAACUGAGCAGUUUGUUCGCCGGACUUCCUAGUUUGGCGGGUCCCCAACGCCUCGCCACUUCCCUCAGGCAGAAAUUCGCCAAUAACUCCGGUUACCCCCGGCCCGGCCUGAUGCGCGCCGCCCCAAUCGCGACGAUUCCUUCGUCACGAUCACUCCCGAGGUCGCAUCAAGUGAUCGCGUGAUUUAGUCCCUCUCGCUAGACACCGAGGAGGACGUCCCUGCUCUGUUAAAAGGAUAUACCUAGAUACCGGCCGCCACCAUGACGACCAUACCGAUACUCAACAUUGAGCUGAGCGAGCUCAAGGAGAUAGUGUGGGCCAAGUUGCAGGAGCCGAAGGCUCAGCGAAAGUUGGUACUGAUUAUCGUUUCGAUAGCGUUGCUGCUCGACAACAUGCUUUACAUGGUGAUAGUGCCUAUCAUACCCGAUUACCUGAAGUACGUGGGCGCGUUCGGCGACGUCGAGGAAGAGUCGAACACGACGGGGGCGCCGUCCCACCACGGCCAAGAUUCAGCCACGGGGGUGUUGUUCGCCUCGAAGGCCAUAGUACAGCUGAUGGUGAACCCGUUCUCGGGCGCGCUGAUAGACAGGAUCGGUUACGACAUACCCAUGAUGAUAGGGCUCUGCAUCAUGUUCCUGUCAACCGCCGUUUUCGCGUGCGGGCGGAGCUACGGGGUCCUCUUCUUCGCGAGAAGCCUGCAGGGCGUCGGCUCCGCGUUCGCCGACACCAGCGGCCUGGCCAUGAUCGCCGACCGCUACACGGAGGAGGCUGAACGAUCGAAGGCCCUCGGCAUCGCCUUGGCCUUCAUCAGUUUCGGCUGCCUGGUGGCGCCACCGUUCGGCGGCGCCCUCUACCAAUUCGCGGGCAAAGAGGUCCCCUUCCUGAUCCUUGCUUUCAUCAGUCUGGCCGACGGCGUGAUGCUCCUCCUCGUGAUGAAGCCGAUCAAGGAGCAGGUGAAGCAGAGGCAGGGGGAGACGCGCCAAACGAUACCGAUCUGGCGGCUCCUCAUGGACCCGUACAUAGCCGUAUGCGCGGGCGCCCUGAUGAUGUCGAACGUCGCGUUGGCCUUCCUCGAGCCGACCAUCUCCCUGUGGAUGGAGGACAACAUAACCCGGGACAAUUGGAAAAUGGGGAUGAUCUGGUUGCCGGCGUUCUUCCCCCACGUGUUCGGCGUGAUGAUCACCGUCAAGAUGGCCAAGCAGUAUCCCCAACAGCAGUGGCUGAUGGCCGCCUCCGGCCUAGCUUUGGAGGGCAUGUGCUGCUUCAUCAUACCGUUCUGCAGCAGCUACGGCGCCCUCAUGAUCCCGUUGUGCGGCAUCUGUUUCGGUAUAGCGUUGAUCGACACCGCGCUCCUGCCCACUCUGGGCUAUCUGGUCGACGUGAGAUACGUCUCGGUCUACGGCAGCAUAUACGCCAUAGCCGACAUCUCGUACAGCGUGGCGUACGCUGUGGGGCCUAUCAUAGCUGGUGGCGUCGUCGAGGCGAUCGGUUUCACGGCCCUCAACGUUGGCAUAGCCUUCUCCAACCUCCUCUACGCCCCCGUGCUCGUUUACUUGAGGCACAUCUACGAUUUCAAGCCGUUCCAGGACGAGGCCGACGUCCUCAUGCAAAACCCACCCGACAAAGAGUACCAGACGUACGUGUUGCAGGAGCAGAGGCCCCUCUCGGGCGAGGUGGGCAACCAUUUGAACCAGACGCGUAUGGAGACGAACGUGGAUCAAGGUUACGAUCAAAAUUACCAAACCGGCCAGAAUUACGAUCAGAGCGGAUACGGGCAGAAUAUUAACGCGGCGGGAUACACGCAGCCUUCUACCGGUUACGAGCAACCGCCUAUGUACGAGCAACAACCGGCCAAUUACCAACAGCCCACGGCGUACUCCCAGCAGAGACCGUACGGGCAAGAGCCCCAGGCUGGAGGCCAAGUAGAUGUGAAUCCGUUCAGGAGGCCAGGCAAUGUCGAUCAGAAAGCCUCCGGCGAUAGCAAUCCGUUCAGGCAAGGGAUGUAUUAAUGCUGAUUCGUCGUGAUUGGAUUCGUCAUCGGAUUAUGCACGCCGUCACGAAAUAUCGCGAAAUAGUCUUCGAGAUAGGCUUCCACUUGUCAAGAAUAUAAAUUAUCCCUCGCAUUAAGUAUCGACGAUCCUCUCUCUCUCUCUCUCUCUCUCCUCUCUCUCUCUCUGUCUCUAUCUUUAUCUCGAGCAUUUUACGAAAGCAACGACGAGUCCUCUUGUUCUCUUUCUGUGAUUUUUAUCAACAAGUGCACCGACUCGCCUCGGUCGUCCUCGCGUGAUCGUUAUCGAAACAGACGACUACCUUCGAGAACGGUUACUUCGAUAUUCAACACGAAGUGGUAGUGACCGUUCUUGCUGAUUAGUGUGUCGUUCUUACGUUCUUGAUUCGAAAUUAAAGAUUGAAAAUAUCGAUU